AUGAGAGGAAAAGCCACCUGGGAAGCCCUUGCCUGUGGUCUGGAGGAGACUGCCUCUGAGUCUGCAAAUGUGCCCACCACAGAGCCCUCUGGAGAAGUGGCAGCACCGAAGUCUACCGGGGAAGAGCCGGCUCCCAAGCCACAGGAGCCUGCCCCUCAGGCACCUGCCCCCGCAGCCUCUAAACCCACACCUCCAAGUGAAGAUGUCCCCAGUGCCCCGCUGCUGCUGGCUGUGGAGGACGUGAGUGACAGCUCGGUGACUGUGAGCUGGGAACCCCCGGAGAGGCUAGGGAAGCUGGGGCUCCAGGGCUAUGUUCUGGAACUCCGCCGAGAGGGAGCCUUGGAGUGGGUGCCUGUGAAUUCCCGGCCCAUGAUGGUGACCCAGCAGACCGUGCGGAACCUGGCUCUAGGUGACAAGUUCUUCCUACGUGUGGCUGCAGUGAGCUCUGCAGGGGCUGGCCCACCAGCUGUGGUGGACCAGCCUGUCCACAUCCAAGAGAUCAUUGAGGCCCCCAAGAUCCGCGUUCCCCGCCACCUUCGUCAGACCUAUGUCCGUCAGGUGGGAGAGAUGAUUAACCUGCAAAUCCCCUUCCAGGGGAAUCCCAAGCCUCAGGCCUCGUGGACCCACAACGGUCACGCCCUGGACAGCCAACGGGUGAGUGUGCGCACCAGGGACCAGGACUCCAUCCUCUUCAUCCGCUCAGCCCAGCGCUCCGACUCAGGCUGCUAUGAGCUCACCGUACAGCUGGAAGGCCUGGAGGCCAAGGCAGCCAUCGACAUCCUGGUGAUCGAGAAACCUGGAUCCCCCAGCAGCAUCAGGCUACUGGAUGUCUGGGGCUGCAACGCUGCCCUCGAGUGGACACCACCCCAGGACACAGGCAACACAGAGCUCCUGGGCUACACAGUGCAGAAGGCAGACAAAAAGACAGGGCAAUGGUUCACAGUGCUGGAGCGCUACCACCCGACCACCUGCGCUAUCUCCGACCUCAUCGUGGGUAACUCUUACUCCUUCCGAGUCUUCUCGGAAAACCUGUGUGGACUCAGUGCCUCGGCGGCCGUCACCAAGGAGCUCGCCCACAUCCAGAAGACAGAUAUUGUUGCCAAACCUAAAAGCUUUGUUGAGCAAGACUUCUCAGAAGCCCCCUCGUUCACCCAGCCCCUGGCUGACCACACCUCCACCCCUGGCUACAGCACGCAGCUCUUCUGCAGUGUCCGAGCAUCACCCAAGCCCAGGAUCAUCUGGAUGAAAAACAAGAUGGACAUCCAGGGUGAUCCCAAAUACCGCGCCCUCUCUGAGCAAGGUGUCUGCACCCUGGAGAUCCGGAAACCCAGCCCCUUCGAUUCCGGGGUCUACACCUGCAAGGCCAUCAAUGUGCUGGGGGAGGCGUCUGUGGACUGCCGGCUGGAGGUCAAAGACGAGGCUGAGUGCUGA